CAAAGGCAAAUCAUGAUCUAAAAAUUUAAUGCAAGGUUGCUCCAUGAAAACAACCUUCUCUUAAAUGCUUCAUCUAACGCUUCCACCCACCCCACUCCCCCACUUCACCAUUCUCCUUCCAUCACCCAAAUUCUCUUCCUUCUCCUUCCACAAAUGGAUUAUUCCCCUUUUUACCCCUCUCUUUUUCCUUCUAUCCCUUCUUCUUCUUCUCCUCUUCCUCCUCCCCCAUGUCCUCUUUCUUUUCCUCUCCUCCACCGCCUCCACUGCCACCACCACCACCAUCCGCCGCCGCCGCCGCCUACGUCACAAUAACCGCCGCAGGAACCAAAACGACGGUGUCGUUUUGCCGCGUGUCAUUUUCGUAGCUGAGAACGACGUUGAAAAUAACCAGCCUGGUGGAGGAAACGACAGCGCCGUUUUGGGUCUGGACCAGAUCGUAAUUAACUCGUACCCUAAGUUUCAGUUUAACGGCAACAACGACGUCGAUGUUGACAGCGUGUGUUCGAUUUGUUUGUGUGAGUACAAGGAUUCGGAGAUGCUGAGGAUGAUGCCGGAGUGUCACCACUGCUUCCACGUGUCAUGUCUUGAUUCGUGGCUCAAGCUUAAUGGUUCUUGCCCUGUUUGCCGGAACUCUCCGAUGCCGACGCCGCUACCCACGCCGCUGCAGGAGGUGGUGCCGCUCUCUCUCUAUGCCGCUGAUAGGAGGGGAAGGAGUUGAGUUGAGUUGAGUUGACUUUUUUUUAUUUAACA